ACCUGCUGUCUCAAAUCACGCGCUCACCACGGCGACAGAGGGGGCGUGAACCGUCUCCUAGGUAACGCUGCCACACACACACACACACACACACACACACUGGAGGAGAGAGCGAGAGAGAGAGAAGGAGGCAGGCUGUUCUCGUUUCCUCUAGAUGUGGAUUGUACCUUGUUUUCUCCAUGGCAUCAUCACGGCACCGGUAGCAAGGGAUGCUGGGAGAUCAGAUGCGCGGCUUGGAGCAUCAUCUCUCUGAGAUGGCAGAAAUGCAUCGCGGCAUCCUGCAGUGGGAGGCUGAUUGAGCUCAUACAGCACCACAAAGCCUCUUCCCAGCAGGAGAGGCUCCUAAAAUCCUCAUCACACAACGGCAAGGUCUCUGCUGCAGUAUCUGACAAUGUUUCGCAAAAAGAAGAAGAAGAGGCCAGAGAUUUCAGCGCCGAAGAACUUCGAGCAUCGCGUUCAUACGUCGUUCGAUGUGAAGCGAGGAGUCUUUGUCGGUCUUCCCACACAAUGGCAGAGUUUAAUAGAAAACCUCCGGAGACCCAAACCCAUGGUGGACCCGUCCCGGAUCACGCUGGUGGAGCUCAAACCAAAGAAGACCAUCGUGUGCGGCAGCAUGAUCGGCCACGGAGACUAUAUAUCAGCCAUGCUGUCAGACAUGAGCCGUCUGUCCGUCACCAGCUCCAACUCCCUGCGCAAGAGCAGCCCGUCGGCCCGCAAGAGAGCGCAGUCGCUCGGCCGCCUCGGGGAGGUCAGCGAGGCCGAUGUGUAUCAGUACGAAGCCCUGGACGAGCCUGACCCUCACUGGGCCGAUAAAUCACGCAACAUCCACAGCGAGAGCGGCACGCCGUACAUGGGUCUGAAGAAGAGUGUGAUGCUGCAGCCCAAUGGCGUUCUGCCCCGCGCCAAAUCCACCUAUGAGGUCAGCAUGAGCUCUCCUCCUCUUCCUCCGCCGUCCAUCCCCGUCCCGGAGCCACCUCUUAUGAUGAGACGAGAGUUCCCCAUCGUGUUCUCGCACAACCAGAGACCCAUCACCUGCUUCUAUAGCCCCACCAUGCCACACGGAGACGGUCUGACGCCGGACAUGAGGACCGUCAACAGACUGCUGGUCCAUCUGCAAAACAGCCCGGGGAGACUGUACUCCUCAUACGACCUGAAGGCCGACGCAGCCAUGAGACACCAGCCGGGAUAUCUGCACAGCGGCACCAGCAGUCCCCUCGUGAGUGGCACCAGGCCUCACAGAACGGUGCGUUCCUCCUCCAGCUACACCAUCGGCCUCUCGCCCAACAUCAGUUACCGGCCCACCGGGCCAGACCCCUUUAUGAGACACUCCGGCUGCCCCAACCCGGGUCUCUACCCCAGACAGGACAGCCCGUCGCAGCCCCGACCGUCUCCCACUGGAUCUCUGGCCAACAGCCCUCCGGGAACCUGCUCGCCUGCAUUCAGACCCCCGCAGCACCCCUCGCCCCGACCCCCGCCCGACCCGCCCAAAGUCACCCACGAGCAGUUCAAGGCCGCGCUGCAGAUGGUGGUGGAUAAAGGAGAUCCGCGCUCGUAUCUGGAGAACUUUGUGAAGAUCGGCGAGGGUUCGACGGGUGUGGUGUGCAUCGCCCACGAGAAACACAGCGGACGGGUGGUGGCUGUCAAGAUGAUGGACCUCAGGAGACAACAGCGCAGAGAACUGCUCUUCAAUGAGGUGGUGAUUAUGAGAGAUUACCAGCACAGGAACGUGGUGGAGAUGUUCAAGAGCGCUCUGGUGGAGGAGGAGCUCUGGGUCAUCAUGGAGUAUCUGCAGGGAGGAGCUUUAACAAACAUCGUGUCUGAGACCAGGCUGAGCGAGGAGCAGAUCGCGACCGUGUGUGAGGCUGUGCUGCAGGCGCUGGCGUAUCUCCACUCGCAGGGGGUCAUACACCGAGACAUCAAGAGCGACUCCAUCCUGCUCUCGCUGGACGGACGCAUCAAGCUGUCAGACUUUGGCUUCUGCGCUCAGAUCAGUAAAGAUAUCCCGAGGAGGAAGUCUCUGGUGGGAACGCCGUACUGGAUGGCCCCGGAGGUCAUCUCCAAAUCCCCGUAUGGAACGGAGGUGGAUGUUUGGUCUCUGGGCAUCAUGCUGGUGGAGAUGGUGGACGGAGAGCCUCCGUAUUUCAGUGAGACGCCGGUGGCUGCCAUGAAGCGUCUGAGAGACGAGCCGGCGCCCACCGUACGCAACGUUCAUCAGGUGUCCCCGGUGCUGAAGGACUUCCUGAAGCGCAUGCUGACGCGGGAUCCGCUGGAGCGGGCCAGUGCCACAGACCUCCUGGAGCACCCCUGCCUCCUGCAGGCCAGCUCUCCGCAGUGCCUGGUGCCCCUGGUGGAGCAGUACCGCAAGCGCAUGUCCCGCUGCUGAAGCCUCCGCUUUUCUGGCCUGUCGGACUCACAAGCACCUCGUUCCCCGGAGCAAUCACGACUGAGAUGGCUGUUUUAUGAGAAAUGAACUCUAUAAAGCCAUUUUCUUCUACCUGAGGACGUCUCAUUGGUGCUUAAAAGGCGGUGAAUCAGAGCAGAAGUGCGUCUGACUGAAAUGCCACUGGGUUUUAUGUUCUGUUCGAAGCGUGUUAUCGUGACUCACAUCGAAUCUGUGGCCGCAGAGACCUGGAACAAGCCUCAUUCAUCAGUUUCAUGAAUGCUUGUGUUCGUAUAUCGAAUAUUUUAUAAUGCUUUCAUAUAAGGAUCUCACUUUUGGUUUUUACAGCUGCAAAAACUUUAUUAUCGUUAACAAUUUACAAUAAGGUUCUAUUAGUUAACAUGA